CCGUCCCAUGCAUGCAGAACUGUCAGCAGCACAGUUUGUCAGCCUGACGGAGGGGACACCGCUGCUCAGUUUCAAGGACAUGGAGGAGAAGGAGCAGCCCACAGGAGGUCCUCAUUUUGUGGGGAAGAGGGAUGAACUAGUCCAAGCAAAGCGCUCUUUCAGAACACUAGAAGGUCGGGAUAUACUGAUCAUCCACCAUGGGGGAGUCUUUUAUGCUAUGGAUUCUUACUGUUACCAUGCUGGAGGAGAACUGCAGAAUGGAGACAUUGAGGAAUUUGACGGCAAGCUGUGCAUAAUUUGUCCCAACCACAAGUACAAGAUCUGUCUCGCACAGGGAGAGAGCAUUUACAAGUCAACCAACCCCAAGGAGAAGCCGCCUGUGCCCAGAUGGUACUCCAAGGGUGUAAAACAGCGGACCCACACGGUCACUGAGAACAACGACGGCAAUGUUUAUGUCAAACUCUCGGACGUGGCCGGCUGGAUCGAGUCAGACUACUUCCAGGGAGAGAAGGGCAAGAUAGAGAGGGAAAAAGCUGCGGCGGCUGAAAAGAAGAAAUCUUGAUCAUCUUGUUACAGAUGGAUGUGAAUGGCAUCUAUUGACUGGAUGUUUAAGAGCAUGCCAUUUGUUUUAGGCUUUUAGCAGACUAGAAAGAAAUAUUCUUUUUUUUGAAGCCUUUAGGACUUUUUAGAAUUUUAAAUUUCUUCAUUUGUUUACCUGAAAACGUUUUACUGAAAAAAAACCCUCUAAUCUCUCAAUUAUCAUGUAGAGUACUAAAUACAUUUUUGAUGGAUUCACUUUCACGUUCUCUCUUUUUCUGCAUUUUAAUAUUCCUCAUGCAUUAUGCAUACAGUGGAUGAAUCGAUGAGAUAAAAAGGUUUAUACUGAUUGUUUAAAAUCGCAAAGUGAAAAUGUAUCAGUGUUAAAAUAUAAAGAUCAUUCUUGGACAUGUUUUUGUGAUGUUCAUGUCCAUUUGUUCCUUCAGAAAAAAAGAAUACGAAAGCAUGCAUGUCUAUAGGCUGCACAGAUUCAAGCAUUUGGGAUUUGAAAUGGGUUUUUUUAUUUGUUGGUGAAGAACUCUUUCGGUGACUGAAUUGAAAAAGAAAACUUUGCUGGCUAUACAGUAAGCAAAUCCCUGAGGUUGUUGAAAGGUUUGAUGACAGCUGUUCACUAGUCCCGCCUCUUAUGUUCACUUGUGAUGUAUAUUCUGUUUAGAAAUACAAGGUUUAAGUUUGAAAAUUUGACAUGAUCUUCUCAUCUUUGUUAAGAAAGUAAAUACAUGCAUUUAAAAGAA